AUGGACAUGAGGGAGUGUGCGUGGGUGCAGCAUCUGGCCUUGUGUCUGCGUAUUGUUAUAUGCAUGCUCAUGAUCCCGGCCUGUCCGUCUGAGCUGGGCCUCCCCUGGGGCCCCUCCUGUCCGCUGAAAAGUGCACUGACGAUCUUCCUCCUCCUUUUAUCCUCUGCUCCGGGACGUCGCUCUCUGGCGGGACGGCUCCGUACAAACAGACGCUGCUGCGUUCGUGAGCCUCAAAUCCACGCUUCCUCUGAAACUUCCAGCGCCGCUGCUUUCCUGUCCAAAUUCCACAGCCGUUAA